AUGAAGCCCUUCGCUGGUGCCGUGACUACAAGCACUCUUGCUUUGCUGGCUCUGCAGUCGGCAUCUGCUGACGUUGAAGCGGACCGCCCCAAGUUCGUGCCCAGCUCUGUGGAAGGCUUGUUCGUGGAACAGUUCACCCCCGGUUGGGAGACGCGUUGGGCGCUCUCGAAGACCAGCAAGAUCCAGAGCGGUAGCGAAGAGGAGUUUAAGUACGAUGGUAUUUGGGCUGUUGAGGAGCCGAGUGUCUUCCCUGGUCUGGCUGGUGAUGAUAGCCUGAUCAUGAAGAGCAAGGCCAAGCAGCAUGCCAUUAGCUCGCUGUUUGACAAGCCCAUCACUUUUGAUGGUUCGAAGCCGUUCGUCGUGCAAUAUGAGGUGAAAAUGCAGAAUGGUCUCUCGUGCGGUGGCGCGUAUGUGAAGCUCCUGAACGCCGACGCUGGCAAACUGGACCCGGAGAAGUUCGGAGACACGACUCCCUAUUCGAUCAUGUUCGGUCCUGACCGAUGUGGUGCGGAUAGCAAGAUCCACUUCAUCUUCCACCACAAGAACCCUAAGACGGGCAAGUACGAGGAGAAGCAGCUGAAGGUGCCACCGCAGGCCAAGAUCGCCAAGGUGACGACGCUGUACACUCUGAUUGUUAACCCUGACCAGACCUAUGAGAUUCUAGUGAACAACGACUCUGUCGCGAAGGGUAGCCUGCUGGAAGACUUCCUGCCGCCCGUGAACCCACCGAAGGAGAUCGACGACCCGAAGGACAAGAAGCCCUCGAACUGGGUGGAUGAGGCUGAGAUUCCUGAUCCCAAGGCCAAGAAGCCGAAGGACUGGGACGAGGACGCGCCGGUCAUGAUUGCAGACCCUACCUCGAAGAUGCCUAGCGACUGGCUCAAGGACGAGCCGCUCAUGGUGCCGGACCCUGAGGCUGUGAAGCCUGAGGAGUGGGACGAUGAGGAAGAUGGCGAAUUUGUGCCCCCGCUCGUGCCGAACCCGAAGUGCCGCGACGUGUCGGGCUGCGGUGAGUGGGUACCCAACCAGAUUCCCAACCCUGCCUACAAGGGCAAGUGGAGUCCCCCUAUGAUCAAGAACCCUGCCUACAAGGGUGAGUGGGCGCCGCGCAAGAUCCCCAACAAGGACUGGUUCGAGGACAAGCAGCCGAACAAGUUUGCCUCUGUGGGUGGUGUGGGCUUUGAGCUCUGGACCAUGGACGAUGGUAUUGCGUUUGACAACAUCUACAUUGGCAACGACCCUGAGCAAGCGCUCAAGUUUGCCAGGGAAACAUUUGAGGUGAAGCUGCCUGUGGAACAGAAGAGGGAACAGAGCGAUAUUGAAAACGACCCUGAGUUUGUGCAGGGCCGCAGCCUUGAUCAGCCUGUGUGGGAUCGUGUUGUGUCGCACAUUCGCCACCGCACAAAUGUCCUGGUGGACCGUCUUUCCAAAGAAAAUGACAAGGUGCAUGUUCUCCUGCAGUCGAAGGACAUCCUGUUCUUCUACGGUGCUGUGGUCGCUGUGCUGCUAGGUCUGGUGGGUCUGGCGAGUUCGCUGCUCAGCGGUGGCUCGUCGACGGCGGUUCCUGUCACCAAGAAGGUGGAUGCCCCUGCUCCCCCCGCCAAGACUGAAAAGAAGGAAGAAGCCGCCUCGACUGCUGUCCCCACCAAGACAACUGUCACGAAGCGUAUGCCGACGACCGAGUCGAAGCAGUAG